AUGUCUUGCCUGAGAAAAUACCACCAAAAUAUAUUUACAGAGUUUAGCAGAAUCACUGCCCUCCUACCUUGUGAUCCUCGAAGCACACAUGCUAGUCAAUACUAUUUCUCACCUAUCGAUACAGGUGUAUUGCCUUUCGAGCGCUUUGAUAAUGCACAGCCUCCACACAAGUUUACCAACGCCGGCAAGGAGACAUAUUGUGAACAAAACGUAACGGGAUUUCCAAUAUCCCUCACCGUCAAGUCAAUCGAGCACCUAGUUCAGCUAGUUGAUAUCUCUUCGUCCCACACAGUGAGGUCGUGGAACAUUGAGCGCCAUUGGAUCGUCUUGUCACUGCAGUCAGCAUUGGAGCAACAUGACCACAGCAACUUUAGAAGUAACGACCCAUCGGUACACGUUUUGAAUCUCACACAGGAGCCUGUCUGCGCUCCUCGCUCGGCAACUUGCCCGAAGAGUGGUCACGGGCACCUCCCGGGAUCCGACGCUGUAUACAAUCAAGAUCACAUUAGCAGCAAGGUGCCGGCACUCGGGGACGAAGCCAAGCCGGCCCACCUCCAGUAUCAGCAGCUUGGCGAUCGCGACCCUUGUUGGGGCAGCCGGCGGAAUUCUACCCCGUCCUUAACCGUCGUUCGUUAG